AUAUUUCAAGAUUAAAUUUAUGAAACAAGGAGAAUAAUAGGGUUAAAUGGAUUCUGAAUUUUAAAAGUCAAAACUACAAAAAACUGAAAGGAAAUAGCAUAAUAUUUCUUUUAAUCAACUGGAAAAAAAUGGAGAGUUGUUUACUUAAAAUCAUUUAUAAGUUAGUUUAGAGUAUUAUUAUUGAAGUAUAUAUUAGUAAAAUACCAGCUGAGUAAUUUGAAACAUAAUGUUAGGUGAAGAGUAAUAAGUAAAUAAAAAAAAAUUCAUCUACUAAUUCGUUUCAUAAUUUGGUAACACAAACUCAACUAAUAUUAACAACUAUAAAAGUAUUUCAUGAGAAAUAUGAAAUUAUAAAAAUUUUAAAAGAAAACCAAUAAUGUCAAGUAAGUUUUUUUUUAAGAUGAUAUUAGAUUGUACUAUGUAGAAAUAUUAUAACUAAAGAAUGUGUUGUAGCAAAAAUAUGUACGUAAUGGCAAUUAGUAAGAUUAUAAAGCUAUUUUAAGUUUGGAGUGAAUAGUGAAAUAAAAGUUUGCAAGACCUUGUAAAAGUAACCUCAUUCAAAAUUAAUGAAGAUGUUAGAAAUGUUUACUGAUAAAGAUACUCAUAUAUUUGUAUAUGAGUAUAUGAAUGGAGGUACUUUAUUUGAAUACAUGCAGGAGAAACAACUUAAAUUAGAAGAGUCAGAGAUAAGAAUUAUAUUUAAACAACUAUUAAAAGCUCUUUAAUAUUUGCAUUCUCUUAAUAUAAUUCAUCGGGAUUUAAAAUUAGAUAAUAUUAUGUUUAAAGUAAAAGGAGAUAUAAAAUCAUUAAAAAUAAUUGAUUUUGGUUAUUCAACAUUACUUUCAGAUGCAAAAGGUAUGGAAUCAAGAUGUGGAACUCCUGGAUAUGUUGCUCCAGAAAUCUACUAAUAGUCACAUACUUAUAAUUAAUUAUGUGAUAUUUAUAGUCUAGGAGCAAUUAUGCAUGUUUUAGCAACAGGAAAACGUAUAUAUUCUUUUAAAUUGACUUAAAAAAAAAUUUGUGAGCUCAAUUAAUUAAAUUAAUUUCAAAUCAGCAAGAAUCUAAAAUGCCCAUUAUUACUAGAACUAAUUACUUAAAUGUUAAACGAACCUAGUAAAAGACCUUCAGCUCAAAAAUGUUUAAUUCAUCCUUACUUUAUUAAAUUAUCAAACCUAAAAACAUCGAAUGAAUAAAUAAAUCAACAGUAUUAAUAUACAUUUUUAUUUUUAGAAUUUAUAAGCUUUCAUUUCCUUAAUUCAAGAAUCCCUUUAAAUAUUUCUAAUGA